GACGCUGACUUGUCCUGACUUAAUAUUUUCAUCUCCUACAAUGGCACAAGGGCCGAAAAAGGAAUUCGAAGACUCAUCGGAAGAGGAAAACGAAAUCUAUAAGAAUCUUUUGUUUAGUGAAGAGAUGAUGGAGUUUGUUAAUGCGAUGGACUCAGAGGAGGAAGAAGAACCCUCCACGAGCCAUAAGCGCAAGAAGAAGCGCCGAAGGAAGUCCUCUUCGGAGGACGCAGAGCAGGAGGAUGGUCCCUCUACAAGCCGCAAGCGCAAGAAGAAGCGCCGCAAGAAGUCCAAGUCUCGUGACAGGGCCCGUAUGCCCGUAGAAGAUCCAGAGAUAGAUGAACCAUUUCGUAAUGACACCUCCUCUGAAGGCCUUUCGCCCUGUGCCCCGGUCUUAGAACCGUCGGCCAAUAUCCAGGUUGUGGAUUUCAAUGGUGUGGUGGAGCCGUCGGAAGUGGAGGGUCCUGGGAGUUCUAUGGCUAGUCAGGAGAAGUCAGAAUCUCCACCAUCAAAAGAAAUGGAAUGCGUGAUGUCCGAGGCAUCUUCCUCGAAUGUAGGUGAUGGUCCUACCAACUCUACUUCUGGACAAGGAAAUGACCAGAGUGUCAUCUAGACUCUUUGAGAGGGGUUGAUCCAGGAGCUUCCCAUGACCACGGCUGAGGCGAAAGAAAUGCUGAAGAAAAUAUACCUGCUUUCGGCCGUAUAUUGGAUCCCCUAAUUAACCUGAUAUCAAAACAAUGAAGACC